AUGGGUACCAAGGUCAAAGGCUUUUUCAAAGGCCUCAAAAACAUCUCAAAUAUUUUCGAUGAAGGAGAAAAAGAAGAAGAAAUACAGAUCGGUAUGCCCACGGACGUGAAGCAUGUUGCUCAUAUUGGUGCCGAUGGACCCGCCAUGGAAUCUCCCAGCUGGAUGAAGGAGUUUGAUGGCGGGAAAAGUCAGUCAGGACCACUGGAAGAAAGGCCUCAUGUUAAAAAAGGUACAAACAACCAUAGGAUUUCUCGAAGCGAGGAACUAAGUAUUCCGGAGAAGCCAAAAGCACAUAGACACCGUCAUCAUCGGUCAAUAGAUUCUGAUUCUGAUUCGGCAUCAUCAUCAUCGACUACAAAACAUACGAGGAGACACAGAAUUCGAAGGUCAAAGGACAAAGCUGGGGAGGAGUCAUCAAGGUUGCCGGACAUCCCCAAGAAGACUCGACGGAAGAAACCAAAGGAUGAUGAUGCGUCGGUGAAAUCAACACAAUCUCAGGAUACCGUAUCUUCCUGCAGUGAACCGCCUUCCGAUCUUUAAACCGAAACUAGAUAAGGAUCAUAUCCAACAGCAAAGGAAAGUGGGAGGAAAUAAGGGCACUUCGAACUUUGAAGGGUAUCAUAGUCCUUUUGCUUUUCUGCGUUGGCUAAUUACAAAAACACCCUUGAAACUAAGUUUGUGAACAAGUAGAUGUGGGGUCACUUUUGGGGUAGUCGAAGAUUCCAAGAUUUAGUAAUAUUUGUGUUUCAUUUCCGGUUCCCCUCUUUUUCCUAUCUAAGUAUGCACUUCAACUUCAUGUAAUGUCCAUGAGAGAUUGAUUCUUUGAGGGUCAUUUUUUUGUGUUCUUCAGGGAUUUGGGGUCAAAUUUUAUUGUUGUAAUAUGAAUCUAUGAUAAAUUCGAUGGUUUAUUCGGUUUGGAAGUCAUCUUCUUGUGUCUUAUUUCAAUUUCAUCGUUAUACAUACCC